CACCUUCAACGUCAUACAUGGAUGCCACUUGACGGAAGUUAAGAACUUGAUAGGAAAGUACCGACGUUCUACCCAUUCCAGUCAGCUCGUGUGGAUUCGCAGAUCCAUAUUAGUGUUGGAAAAUGCGGGCUGCUUUUCUACUCGGUCUCCUUCUUAGCGUCUUUGUCCACGGCUCUCAUGGCCAAGGAAAGUACCAUGUCAUCAAAGAAGUCAUUGAAGUUCCGGACACUGAUCUGGCCACCGAAUGCCAAGGACGAAUCCAGAUGAUCAAUCCGAAUGAUCAGAAUCUGAUCUUGAACGGACCCGGGAAUUUCACCCGCAUCCAGUCCAAGUUCAAUGUGGAUGUGGCUUUCCAAGUGUUCGGAAGUUGCUGUUGGGAGUUAUGUUCCCGACCUUUCUUCCGGGGGAAACGAACCGAAAUUCUGCCGGGCACUAUGGGACAAACCGAUGCCAUUGGAUCGAUCCGCACGAUACCAUGUCGAGCACUUCUUGACCGACAAUAACAACGUGUUUUUAAAGUGACACAUUAUUAUUUAUUAUUAUUAUUUACCUUCUAUUCUCUGUUUGAUGCGAAGCUUUGAGGUUUUUAGUUUUGAAUACUAAUUUUCUCUGAUGGGCAUGCAGGGUGACACAGGUAAA